ACCUCCCCGCCGGCGUUCGGCAUCUGUAGCGGGGCGGGGGGGACUCUCCCUGCAGGUGAGCGGGCGAGGAGGGAUGCGGAGGGACGUGCGGGUCAGGUGGGCACCGCUGCAUCGCCGCCCAUCGCGGUGCAGCCGCCGCGUUGCGGAGCGCCGGGUGAGGCUGUGCGGGGCUGAGGCGCGGGGGCUCCGGGUGGGGUGAGGGGAAAGAAAAGGGCUCGGAGGGCAGCGAGAGGGGUUGGAUGUUGAAGGGAGCUCUCCGCUGUGUCCCCAGAGCCUCCCCGAGCACACGCGGGCGGAGAGGACGGGUCAACGGCGCACCACGAUGGCCAGUAAUGCCAGCCAUGACUUGCAGGGAUGGGGACAAGAGGUAGUUCAGUCCUCUUAGUGAGGUCAGCCCAGAGCUCUGCCUGUUGAGGACCAACUUUGGAGGCACCGUGGGAUGAAUGUGGCCGUGCUGAGCCCUGCUGCUCCAUGCUGAGCAGUGGCACCAAGCUCGGACCUGCAGCUGGACUUACCCCAUGGCUCUGCUCCCAGGAGGAAACGCUGUCUCUUCUCUGUGAUCAUCCUUCAACUCCGAGAGUCUUCCAUUGGAAAACCGAUGAGGAUCAAAUGGGUUGAGAGCAACGGGCCCUCCUUUUCUGGCAGAGGAUUCUUUGUUAUAUUUUUAAGUGCCAGGGCGUGAAACUGUAAAUCCCUCCUUCCUACGCUCCUGUCUCCUGCAAACCGCUCUCCAAGCCAACCAGAUAGAGGAUUGGCCAUAACUGGAGUCCUGAAUGGCUGCAUUACUGAUCCCACGGAGGAACAGAGGGAUGAGGACUCGCCUGGGCUGCCUGUCUCACAAAUCAGACUCAUAUAAUGAUUUCACAGCUAUUCUUCCGGACAAGCCCAACCGGGCUUUGAAAAGACUGUCAACAGAAGAAGCAACGAGAUGGGCAGACUCUUUUGAUGUCCUUUUGUCCCAUAAAUAUGGGCUGGCUGCUUUCCGUGCUUUCCUGAAGACUGAGUUCAGUGAGGAGAACCUGGAGUUCUGGCUGGCCUGCGAGGACUUCAAGAAGACCCGCUCGACAGCCAAGCUGGCAGCCAAGGCACAACGCAUCUUCGAGGAGUUCAUUGACGUGCAGGCUCCCCGCGAGGUGAACAUAGACUUCCAGACACGGGAGCUGACCAGAAGGAACAUGCAAGAGCCUUCCCUCUCCUGCUUUGACCAAGCCCAGGGGAAAGUGCACAGCCUGAUGGAAAAGGACUCCUACCCCAGGUUCCUGAGAUCCAAAAUCUACACAGACCUGCUGUCUCAAACCCAGCGGAGGCUCAGCUAGAACAGCAACGGGGCCUGUGUGCUUCCCACAACAGCAACAACCCAUCUCCAAAUGUGAAACUUCCGUAGGGUUAAAGUGGGAAUAAGAGGGGAGGGAGGAGGGGGAGAGGAGACUUCCAAAGCGACCCUGACAUGGUGUCAAGACUUUCUGAGUUUCUGUGCUUUUUUUUGGUUAGCAGUAGCACCCUGCAGCUGUUGCACACAAUGGUAUCCUCUCUGGUCAUGGGGCGUGAGGCUGUGGGGAGGGAGAGAGAAGGCAAAGGCACAUGAGUUGUGCUGCUUCCCAGGGUGGAAACCAUCAGCAAACUCAGCUCCCUUCCCAUUGUGCUUGCACGCUGUGUGAUACAACAGCCACUCCGCACCCCUCGUACGCUUAUCUUCAUGGGAUGGAGGCUGAGUGUUGUCUUCAGGCUGCUGCCAAGGAGCAGAGUGUUUCUCACGAGGAAGGUUAUCCCAAAAGCUCCUGCUAGACCCGGUCCUCUAAGGCAAAUGCUUGCUUUUCAUUGGUAUUAUUUGUUUGUACUGUAGUUCAGCCUCAGGACUCCUGUCUCCGUUCAGGCUCCGUUGUGCUAGGCACCGUACCAGAACCCAGCACAGAGAGCACCGGGGACAUACAUGGCCUCGGUGGCUUCUUCUACCAGCUAUUGGGAAAGGGUUGGGAGAAGGGAUGUCCCAUCUGCCCCAUACUGAGGUGUAAGAAAAACACAAGACCCCUCUACCGUGCCAGGUGUCGUUUCUCAUUGUAGUACUUGACCAAGCUCAUGGCAGGGAGAGGUGACGUGAAAACCACGAUCUUAUUUUUUGCUCUUGACUGUUGUUGUUACCUACUGAUUGUCCACUGUGGGUUCGAUGCAAUGCAAAGAAAUCCUAAAGAAGCAGACCCUGCUGCAUGGUGCUUGCAUACAAACAGCGGGCAGGAUGGCUGUCCGGGCUCCAAGUGGUGUGCAAGGUGUGUUUUGGCCCUGCUCCACGGCCCGGAUAACAGCUGCAGGAGGAGGCUCUGCAGAUGUCGGUUGUGUAAGCACACCUCUGUGCCGUGCAGUGAUGCUGACUGCCUACAUGGCUUUGCUUUCCCAGCUUAUCAGCUGUCGCAUUCCUGCAGUGUUGUCUGGUGGGGAAGCGGAUCGGCAGCCUGUCUGUGGACUUAAGCCUGCAGACCAGAGGUCUGUUUUCUUGGUUUUAUGAAGGUCCGGAUGGUAACCUCGUGGAUCUUUCCCUUCUGUCGUUUAUCAGAGGCUGUAAAGCUCCGUUCUCGUUUAGGGCGGUGGGUAGGUCUGAUGGUUUAGAUGAUAAAGGUUUAAAUGUAAUGUGGUGUAAGCUGGGUAGACUGAAUUCUGAAGCUGUACAUCGUGCUUGGAGUGAGAUGCACAGAGUCUGCUUGGAUGCUAGAAGUCAACAGUACGUACAAUAGGCAGUGAAGAGGUGUUGAGGGGUUUUGUAGGGGCAGAUAGGUGCAGAUUGUGAUAGGAAUGAUAAGUGCCAGGUACCCUGAGCAUGGCAGGAGGAGGUGAUGUGAGCUGCCUGCCACUGCUUCUCCUGAAGCUGGUACACCUCCGAGUGGGCUUGGCUGAUGCUGACCUCUAGUGCCAGCUGAGGCAGCCAGAUCUUCAGCCAAGUGCCCUUUGCUGCCAUGGUCACAGCCAGCCAGGUGGGGAGGAAACAGCAGAACCACGAGUUUCUAUCUAGGAAUGAGGGCAAAAAGCUCAGAAGGGAGUCCAAUGCCCAGGCUUGCUGGCAGAGCAGCAGGUAGCAUCUCUUUGCAUGCUCCUCCAGACUCGGGGCUGGCAUCCUCACCAGCACGUGCCAGAACUCAUCAGAAAGCUUCAAAGCAGCCCAAACCCUAUGAAACCCCAGCUGUUCUCCUUCCCCCAUCCAUCUGGGGAAGCUCUCUGUGCAGGCGUGUUGAGACAGCCUUGCUGCAACCUGUGAUGGGAUUUGUAUCCCUGCUGAUGUAGGGAGUUCUUCCCCUUCACCCGGUGCCAGAUAGCAUCCCAAUUGGAAGCGUCCCAGGGCGUACAGUGGAGCAAAGGUAUUCUCUGAGGUGUCUGAGUCUGGCAUGGUUAUUUUUGCUGCUGCUCUUACAAUUUGUCUCUCUUGCAGGAAAGCAGCCUGGUUAUUUAAAGUAAAAAAAAUUUCCCAUCUUUUUAAUAAGAAAUUGGCACCAGCUGCUGCUUUUAUGCCAAAUGUCAGUCUGAAGUGAAUUAAAAUAGGCAACUUAUAUCUCUUCCUCUUAAACCAGGGGCUGAUUAAGGAAAUAGUGACAGAGCCAAAGCCUUGAAAAGCACUGAACGAUGACUAAUCCCCACCGAGGACAAAUAUCCUAUCUUUGAUUCAUCUCCCACUGAAGCGAAAGGAAUAUUCAUCUCUCACAAACCCCCUUUUCACUCUCCACAGGCACACACCUCCAAAAAUAUGCUGCUUCAGGUCACGUCAGAGUGUCAUCACAUGAAGGGAGGGAAGUAAAACCGUGCCACCCGAGUCAGCUCUCGGUGUGCUUGUGCUGGUGUGUAUGCAGGCAGCCCUCAGGCCCUUUGGCAGCAAAGGAAAGCUGAGUUUACAAACGGCCUUCCCCCACUUUCAUAGACUGCAGACCCGAAAUCCGGGUGGGGAUGCAGAACCCAAAUCUGCACCAAGUUUCUUUCUCCUGCUGUGGCUGCCAGCCAAGCUGGGGGUUCCUUCCAUCCCUUUUACACGUCGGUGCUCUGAUGGGUCCCUGCCCUCCAUGCUGAGAGAGCGUGAAGGGCAAAGUCCCAUGAGUUAAGCACAGGAGGGAAACGGGGGUGUGGGUGGGUGAGAGUGCAUGUCAGUUUGUGUCUGUGUUACCUCGUGUCUCCUUCUAGAGAAGCUUUUCUGAGACAUAAAUCUGCAUGAUAAAAUAGGACAAUUAGGCAUAAACAACAUACAGUGAGAUUUUAGCGGUGUUGUGCUUGCCUCUUGUGUAGGUUUGACUAGUAAUAGGAGAUAUAAGCUCUGCUAGGCUUCCAAUUACCCAUAAGAGCACACGUAUCAAACUGAACUGAAUGUUCACCGAUAGAAACAAAACCAAAAUGUUUACAGCAUUCAGAGCAAUAGCAAAGCAUACCUCAUGCCAGCCCUGGAGUGCCUCUCGCUCCUCACUGCGACUCCCCCGUGGGCCUCCAGCUUCUCCCCCAGACCCCUCUCUGGCUCUCAGUCCUGUCCCUGUGGCCGUCCCUCCUCUUCCUCACCCUCACCUGUAGCACUCCUGUCCAUGCCCUUCCCCUCCACCAGCACAAGCCUGGCUCAUACUGCCUCCUGUUUGCCUACCCUCCGUACCCAUGUGUCCAUUUUUCCUUUCCUUCCCUGGCUGCUUGUCUUGCCUACACACCUACAGAGCUCCGAGUAGCUGUUCCUUGCGCAUUAUAUAAGACGAAAAUGCUCCCCAUCAUUUACGCAUCAUCCUUCAUCCCUGGGGCUGCUGCAGCUGUCUCACGUCUCAGCGCGGUGCACCUCUGGCGUCGAAGCGUUUUGAUCCUAGAGCUGGAACGAACCCACGUGUUGCUGUUAGACCACGAUGCUUUUCCCAUCUGCACACCCCCUGGGCUUUUCUCGUCCCCGUGCCAUGCUGUGUGCCCACUCGUGCUCCACGUGCUGCUGGGUGAGACGGAGCUGGGCUGCACCACCGGUGCUCGCUGCUGGGCUGCUCCAGCACGGCUGCAGCUGCGUUUCCUCUGAGCUUCCUGAUUAAACAAAACAGAGUGUAAAUAAAGGUGUAUUUGCUCAGUGAA